AUGACUGUGUGAUCAUGGUGGGCAGCGUCUCCAAACUCACAGGAUUAUGGAAAGUGGAAGACUGUCAGUCAAAGAAAGGCUUCAUCUGUAAAAGAAACGUGGAUUCUCAGAUUGUAGUCGCACCCACCACUGUGUUACCAAAGGCUUUCAACAUAUUUGGCAAUGAUUCCUACAAACUGGUGGCCCAGAAGAUGAGAUGGGAUGAGGCAAGGAGGCAGUGCAAAGCAGAUGAUGCAGAUCUGGCCAGUAUCCUGAACCCCAUCACCCAGGCAUACAUCACCUUACAGAUGUCCAAGCACAAUGAGCCUGUAUGGAUUGGGCUCAACAGCAAUGUGACUGGUGGCCGGUUCAAGUGGGUUGAUAACUGGCUUCUGUCGUACACCAAAUGGGGUAGAGAUGAGCCUAAAAACAACUAUGGCUGUGUGUAUAUCGACGUAGACAGGACGUGGAAGACUGCACCAUGUACUAAUAACUACUAUUCCCUUUGCAAGAGGUCUCCAGAUGAGGUGCCCACUGAGCCCCCACAGCUUCCUGGCAACUGUCCAGAGCCAAAGAAACUAAUAACCUGGAUACCUUUCAGAGGCCAUUGUUAUGCCUUCCUCAGUUCAAAGGUGGACAACUGGGCCCAUGCCUCAGUUGAAUGCCUGAAAAUGAGUGCUUCCCUGGUGAGUAUUCAGGACCCUGAGGAGGGUAAGUUCAUACAACAGAAUCUGGAGAUUCUGCAGGACGAAGCCAAGUCCUUCUGGAUCGGCCUUUACAAGACACAUGAAGGUGAGCAUACUGAAGUAAAAUUCAGUGUUAAAGUCAAGUAAAUAAAUUGUACAGUAUACAAGUGGCUGACAUUCUGCAGGUAUCUUUGGUUUUUUUUCUCAAUCUUGAUGAAUAUUAAAAAAUAAAAUACGAUAUUACUAUUAUGAAACUAUUAUAUAACUAAUGGUGUAAGAAGUAUCUGAGUCCUUAAGU